GCAAGUAAUAUUGUUACUGAUGUAGUAGGAAAGGGAAUAUAUCAUGCCAGAUGUGUUCGUUCUUGGGCACAUGAUUAUGUAACAACUCACCAAAUUCCUUAUUCCUGUCGAAGACAUCAUGCUAAAAUAUGGAGUUUCCUCUGGGAUAAGAAUAUACUCCUUCAAGUAAAAUCAUAUGUUCGGAAGCAUAAGUGGAAUAUUACUCCAUAUAUACUAAUGGUACAUAUGAACGAAGUCAUUUUACCAGGGCUUGGAUUUGUACCAUCUCCGACUAUACAUAUCAAUACAGCAAGAAACUAUUUAAAAGAAUUAGGGUAUAUAUACGCUAAGUUACGUGGACAGCCAAAAGGACUAAAACAAGUUUUAAUAGAAAGGGGAUUGUGGCCAAACGAAGGGUUAAAAUUAGAAGGAGCACGAGAAGUAAUGA